AUGCAUAUAAACUACAAAACAACAUCAUUUACAACAACAACAGCAGCAGAAGAAGAAGCAGAAGCACCACCACCAACACCACCACCAACAACAAUAUUUAUCACCAGUUUUUCAUUUAAGAGUCUGUUUAAUUAUGGACAUUUCAUUCUGGUGUUUCGCAGUUUCAUCAUCGAACGACAAGGAGGUGAACAAGUGUGGGAGAAAAUUGUCGCACAAGCAAAAUGCGAUUCGGAUUUUGACAGUAACUACGUUUACGAUGAGGACAUUACAGACAAGAUGAUCACUCUAUCCAUUGACCUUUUAGGUUUACCCAGGGUCCCGUUGUUGGAGAUGUUUGGAGAAUAUUAUCUCGUAUAUAUGCAAAAGCGAGGAUAUGACGAAAUGUUAAGAAAUCUGGGUUCAAACAUACUUGAGUUUCUACAGAACCUCGACUCCGUGCACGGACUUUCCAGACGAGACUACCCGGAUAUGGUAGCGCCAUCUUUCCGAUGCGACGAAGAUUCUGUAUCUGACAGAAUGGUCUUACACUAUUACUCAGCCCGAAAAGGCCUUUAUCCUAUUGUGAAAGGUCUCACUGUGGAAGCUGCAAAGGCUUUUUACAAGAUGCAACUGCAAAUGGACGUAAAGAAAAUAGAAACCGAAUAUGUAGCCGAAGACAAAGGCGAACGUGAACACGUGACCUUUGACAUAAUAGCAAAGAAAAUCAAAGAACAAGUUGUUCAGGAGGGUCCUCCAACUUUUAUUGCUCAAACAAAAAAGCACAGCGAAAGGCAGAUAUUAAAGGAGGAUGUUGAAGCCGUUAGACAAAAACUUGAACAAAUUCGGCAAGAGCUAGGUGAAGGAGCACUGCCCUUGAACAGGAAAAAGUCGGUGAAAGCAAGAUGGCGGAUCGCUGCCAAAAUUACCGCGAUGCACAAAGGUUUCGUUCCAAAUUACCCUUCGACUUUGCCUAUCAAUCCAAGAAUGUUUAUCGAGAUUUUUCCUUAUCACGUGACAGUCGAUAGAGAUUUGAAAAUUGUCCAAUCAGGAAUGAAGUUACAGAUUCUUAUGCCAGACAUCCGUAGCAGACAAGCGGUGUUAACAGACUUUUUUACCAUACGGUAUCCAAACUGUGUCGAUCUUACGUACAGUAAUAUUGAAAGAUUCGUACUCUGUCCUUUCGUACUGGAACUCCGGAAAGAUGCAAUGGAGCAAAAUUGGGCUGAUAGACCAGCUCUUCAAAUCAAAGGUCAGAUGUUUCUUCUACGUGACAACAGUUUCUACGUAUAUAUUGCGUCCCCUGUCGCACAUAGUUGGUCGGAUCUUGAAAACCGGAAGUUGAAAUUGGCAGAUAUACCGAUGUGGGAUGUGACAAGAGAUUUCCUGGUGGCCGACCUUGAAUACAGAAAAUGCUUGGAGAACAAUGUUCGGACAAGUCUGACUGGUUCAACAAAUAAUCGAACGAGGCGGAUUUCAAAUCAGUCAUUUCGGCGUGGCAGUAUGGCUGAUGAAGCUGCUGUGAAAGAUCGCAUAAACCGGUUGCAGAGGGAACUUGACAACGAGCGACAGAGGAGUAACACACUUUAUCUGGCAUUUCUACCUAAAGAUGUUGUGGACCUUGUGCAUAGAGGCCAUGUGCCAUGUGGAGAAUUUUACAACCAGGCCUCAGCAUUGUUUUGUGACGUUGUACACUUUCUACCGAUGGUUGCUAAGUGCAGCCCCUCCGAGAUCGUAGGAAUCUUGAACACCCUGCAGGCCAAAUUCGAUAAAGUAACAAGAGUACAUAACUCAUUCAAGGUUGAAUCCAUCGGCGACGCAUAUUUAGUUAUAGCAGGAGUCGGCGAGAAGAGAGAAUCACACGCCGAGAGGAUUGCGAACACGGCCCUAGGAAUGGUGAUCACCGCAAAAGAAAUACGUUCACCGUUAGACGGAGAGCCUAUACAAUUACGUCUUGGAGUUCACACAGGGUCUCUUGUCACCGGGGUUAUAGGGCACAAAGUUCCAAGAUUUGUUGUCAUGGGAGAGACCUCUGUUGUCGCCUCCAAACUGGAGAGCCAUGGAGAGCCAGGGAAAAUACAUGUCAGUCCCACGACAUUUAGAGCGCUGCAGGGCAAGAGUUUCACUUUCCAAGACCGCGGAAAGAUUGAGCUACGUGGGUAUGGACCUUUACAGACGUAUUUCCUACUAGGGAACACUGCAGCCACUAAUGAUGAACUGAUUGGUCGCUCAAAAUACGGCAACCAAGAUAUUACAUAUAUAAAUGAAGGAAAGGUUGACACACCAUUUGUAAAAGGGAACAAAGUGCAUCCGGCGAACGAAAGCCCUUCCUCUGGAGUUGGGAGUCGGCCAGCUACUGGAGAGAGCGAAUAUAUCCCAUUCCAAUACAAAUGAACACACUUACCGUGGAGAUUGAUGGGAGAUACUUAAUUGUCUAGUUUGUACAGACUUCGAACAAACACUUAUUGCUUUAUAUAAACUUAAUAUGUACAUCUAAAUGACAAAAAGUGCAGGACAGUCUUAUGGAUAGAUACAAUUUGAUGGAGUUUGUUACUGAGAGGUAUGGAAAUAUGCAACACCCCUCACGUACCAACGUAUGCGAAACUCUAUACAUAUUCAUUAAAUGUACUCGAUGAUCACAAAGAUGAUACGACCGAGACACGACAUUUAAAGACUGGUGCUGUGAUAGGUAAUAAACUCUAUAAGAAGAUUAUUUGUAGUCAAGCAGCGGUUUGGCUGAGUCUGAUCAUGGGAGGUGAUGGAAAGUUGAACACCUUUCACGCUCGGGUUUUAACUCGUACGUUGAUCCAUGUGAUAUCAUAAUUUGUUACGUGUGUCGUGCUUAUUUUGCAGAACAUAUCGCGAUAAUUUAUUUCAAAAGUUAUUAUACUUUUUAGUACUUAGCACAAAACAUUAGUGUGUAAUUUUAUUAAAAAAUAACAUGGUUUCUUGAAUAAUUUUAUAUAAAUUAAUUAUAUUUACAUAGCACACAAAUUUCACAUAUAUAUAAG